CAACACUGCGACCAGCAGCUGUCGUACAACUUUUCCCUCUAACUUUCAAUUAAAAUCCGUUUUUCUCAAAGAAGCGCUUAUCAAACUCCCAUACACAAAAGUAAAACUAUUAGGACACAAUGUUUACUGUAAAAAAUUGGAUAUUUACAACCCAACCGAACAGCUGUUCGCUGCUGCCGCCCCCAACCCAUAAACCUGCUGUCAAAUAAACGUCAAAACAGUCGCGCGACUCGCCAAGCGAAAAAACCUGCAGAAAAAGUGAAAUGAGGCGUGAAAGAGACUAGAACAAUAACAAAUAAACACCGGGUAUCCGCAAUUAAGUCGCUUAUGUACAUAGAAGCCAAAGUGUAGCAAUGGGCGACAAGGAGGAGCCCGUAACACCCGCUCCCUCGCCCACGGAGGAGGGUAUGGCCAAUAUUGGGUCUGCUGGAGCCGGGGAUCAGCCGCAAACUUCAGGGAAUAAUACCAACGUUAAGAUCGUGAUCAUUGGAGCCGGAAUGGCUGGCCUAUCGGCUGCAAAUCACCUUUUGCAAAACGGCUGUGACGAUUUCCUUAUUCUGGAGGCACGGGGCCGGGUGGGCGGACGCAUUGUGUCCAUACCGCUCAGCAAUAAUCAGAAGGUUGAACUUGGCGCCAACUGGAUACACGGCGUCCUGGGCAAUCCCAUCUUCGAACUGGCCGUGCAACAUGGUCUAGUCAGCGUGGUCAACGUACCGAAACCGCACAAGGUGGUGGCCACCACGGAGGACGGGCACCAGGUGCCCUUUAACAUACUUCAGGAGAUCUACGAGGCGUACGUCUGCUUUCUGAGGCGGUGCGAUGAGUAUUUCCUGUGUCAGUACAGCCCGCCACCGGAUAUACACAGCGUCGGAGAGCACAUUAACUAUGAGAUCGAAAUCUAUCUGAGCGGGGUGCAGGAUCCAAAGGAAAAACGCCUCAAGCAAUCGAUUUUUAACUGCCUGCUCAAGCGAGAGACCUGCAUUACCGGCUGCGACAACAUGGACGAGGUGGAUCUCCUCGAACUUGGCAGCUACACCGAGCUACAAGGAGGCAAUAUAGUGUUGCCAACUGGUUAUAGCUCUAUUCUGCGACCGCUGGGUGCUCAGAUACCCAAGCAGUCCAUUCUGACCAAAUGCCCGGUUAAGAAAAUCCACUGGAAGCGGAAAAAGACCUUCACUGGACUGGAGACAGUGGACGAGAACUCGGAGGACGAGCACUCCGACGAUUCUGAACGAACGGUGACGGAAGUGCCGACGGGGGAAGUUCGUGGCGCCUCCGUGGAGUCCAACACCAGCAGCAAUUGUGAUUAUCCUGCAGGCAACGUGCGCAUAGAUUGCGAGGACGGUCGAGUGUUCCAUGCAGCUCAUGUGAUAUGCACCAUACCGCUAGGCGUACUGAAAAACACCCAUCGCACUCUCUUCGAUCCUGUGCUGCCGCAGUACAAACAGGAGUCCAUCGAGAAUCUCAUGUUCGGCACCGUGGACAAGAUCUUCUUGGAGUACGAGCGACCGUUCCUCAGUGCCGAUAUAUCAGAGAUUAUGCUUUUAUGGGACGACGAUAAGCGGGAUAUGAACAGCUCCGAGGAGGAGCUGGCCAGCGAAGCGUAUCUCAGCAAGAAUUGGUUCAAGAAGAUAUAUUCGUUUGCCAAGGUGACGGACACGCUGCUCUUGGGCUGGGUUUCCGGCCGGGAGGCGGAGUACAUGGAGAAGCUCGACCAUGAGGCAGUGGCGGAAAAGUGUACGGAAAUACUUAGGAACUUCCUGCAGGAUCCUUACGUGCCCAAGCCAAAGCGAUGUGUUUGCACCAGUUGGAAGUCGCAAGACUUCACCGGUGGAGCAUACACCUCAAUACCGGUGGGCGCAACUCAGGAGGACAUCGAGAACCUCGCCCAGCCCCUCUAUGCCACGCCUCAGGCCAUGAAGCCCGCCAUAGUCUUUGCCGGAGAGCACACCCAUUCCAGUUUCUACUCUACCGUACACGGCGCCUAUUUGAGCGGACGGACGGCAGCGCAGCAUUUGCUGGCGAGCGAUGAGCCGGACGAAAUCAUCAUGGAGUCGGACGGCAGUGAUCUGAGCGCCUGGAUACAGGGCAUUGCCCUGGACUGAGUCUAAGCUAAUCAACGACCACUCAUCGAUUUUGUAUUAUAAUUUAUUAACGUUCUUUUGUACACUCUUUAAACGCUUUUUAGCUAGUGAUAUUUAAUUUGUUCGAUUGUAAUUUAUUUUGCUAGCGUCGUAAAACGAUUUAACUCAUUUUUGUACAUCCCUUGUGAGCAUUUGUUUUAUUUUGUUGAUGCAAUUAUUUUGUAAUUUAUUUGGAACCCGCUUGUACAUUAGUAUAAAUAAAAGUUACGAAUUAGCUGA